UCACCUUGUGGGACGAGACAUGAGCCGAGAAGCCAAAGAGAUAUGAGACCGCCAGAUGUAAAACUCAGCAAGCAAUUCCUGUAACCUCUUCAUCAUCCUCAGCCGCUCUGAAAGGUACAGACACCCCACACAAAUGCAGACAGCACAGAGCCUCACGUCUGUUUCAUCUUAUUCAUGCCUUACCCAGACAUUUCCCGUCGAAGGUGCAAGCAAGUCGAGGAGACAGGAGACCACCAGAUAUAAAAUGUAGCCAGCGAUAUCUGCAUAGACAAACAGUCCUUCUUUUCCCCGCCCACUGAUCUAUCGGCGCAAAGGUACGGACCCUUGCGCCGCUCCGCCGCCUUGAGCGCAGCGGGCUGGAUGGGUGCGGGCCCAACGGCCUGACAGGGAAGACACCAGGCACAGAGCAACAAACAUGGCUGAGAUGCGAUGCGGACACCAUUGCUGAGCAGUUCUUGUGGUCACUGCACCCACCAGCAGCCGAUAGCCUAAAGUUCGUCGCAUCGUCCGCUGACAAGACACACAGCAGGGAACAAACGAGUUGAUGAAUCCACCAGCCAUUAAUGCAUUCACAGUGUCCUCACCACGACGAUGGGCGGGCGCAAUUGGGUCCAGGCCUGGCUCCACAGGUAGACGUACUUGUGCUGCACAGAUCGACAGACGACAGAUGAAUAAACAUGGAGGGAGGGAGGGAGGGGCGUGUGUGCAGUCGAGUUGAUGAUACAUACCUGGAUGGCCGCCGGCUGCUGCUGGUCGUCCUGCUGCUCGUCGUCCUGCUCGACGGGCCCCUCCCGCUCGGCCGCCUCCUCUGCAGACGGACAGACAGACAGACAGACAGACCGACAGGGAGAGAGAGAGAGCCAGUAGCCCGUCAGUCAGUUAGUCAGUCACCCCAUUUGCCCCCUCACUCAUACACACACACAUGCAGGUUGGCACAGCACAGCACAGCACAGCCCCCUCAGCGGCAGCAGGUCUUGAUCAGCGACGGCCCUGCUCACACAGAGAGAGAUAAACAGAAGGAACCCAUACAAAUCUACCCCACAGUAAAUGUGCCCGCGUGUGUGUGUGUGGACAUCUUACGGCGAUGUGCAGCAGAGUGGAUCGGCACGGGCUCGACCGCCUGACAGACAAGACACCAGGCACAGAGAAACAAACAUGGCUGAGAUGCGGACACCAUUGCUGGGCAGUUCCUGUGGUCACUCCACCCACCACCAGGCGAUAAGCGACGUUCGUCUCGUUGUCCACUGACAAGACAUAGGAGGGAGCAAAUGCGUUGAUGCGAAAAUCAGCCAUUAAUGCAUUCACAAUCUCCUCACCACAACAACGGGUGGUCGAACUUGGAUCCAGGCCUCACUCCACAACUGGACGUACUUGUGCUGCACCUGCUUGCCACACGGCAGGCAGAUGGACACACAUGGACAGAGGGACGUGUGUGCAGUCGAGUUGAUGAUACCUGGAUGGCCGCCGGCUGCUGGUCGUCCUGCUGCUCGUGCUGCUCGUCGAGAGCCUCCCUGUCCCUCUCGGCCGCCUCCUCUGCAGACCGGCAGACAGACAGACAGACAGAGACCCCAUGAGCAAAGAAUGUCGACAGGGUGUUUGUGCGCACAUUCGGGGCCUUGUCUGGUCACUCAGUCCUGCGUACCUUGCUGCCGCUUCUGCUCAUGCUGCUCCUCCUCGGCGGCCUCCUGCUCGGCCACCUCGCGGCGCUGCUCCUGCCCGGCGGCCCUCAAGCGGCGCUGCUCCUCCUCCUUGGCGGCCAUCUCGCGGCGCUGCUCUUCCUCCUCGGCGGCCAUCUUGCGGCGCUGCUCCUCCUCGGCGGCCACCUCGCGGGCCUCCUCACCUGGAUCAGCCACGCACACACACAGUGUCACACACAGUUCCCAUCGACGAAUGUGCAUUUGUCGAUAAUGUAUUGCCCCCGCACCCACCGUUGUCGUCCUGGUCGCCCUCGGCCUGCGGGAGGUCUCCCCGCUGCUCGAAGUGGCGGGCGAACUCAUCUGAAAAAACGACAGACCAGCAGGGCAUGACCAUGAGGCAGGCGCGCUGAGACCAGGCACACUCAAAUGGUACCUGCGUCCUCUGCAUCGUCUUGGUCGUCCUGCUGGUGCUCCUUGUGGGCGUGGUGGGCCUGCUGCUGCACAGCCAACCAACCACCGUGCAGGAGUGGCCAGACACGCAGCAGACAGACAGACAUGUGCACUGAAUGAAUCGAAUGGACCAGUGGCCUGCCUGGCUGCCCUCACUCACCCCUGUGUGCUGGCACUGUGUGCUGGCUUACUACGAGACACACGUCUGAUCGUCUUGAGCAGAACCUCCUCUGGGGGAACCAACACCACACAGCUGCAUGCGGAAGAGUGUCUCUCUGCCCCCGUGUGAUGAGUUACGCGCCCUCUUGGCUGCGGCUCGUCACCUCUGGCCUAUUGGUGCUGUGUGGGAAGCUCCUCACCUGCCUUGUGGUGGUUCUGGUGACGUCAAUGGCCUUGAGAGAUGUGAAUCGGCAGAGAUGGAAGGCGAAAGGGCAGAAGUGGACGCUGAGGAUCGUUGAUGCACCACCUGGCACCGGGUGGUGCAAAAAAAAGAAAGAAACCGGGAGAAAAACAACACCAAAUGAGCUCGUAUAACCCUGCGGCCGACCUGGAUGGCCCUCGGCCACCGCCCAGGCGGUGAAGCGUCAGCAUCAACAGUAAAUUCGUCUCAGGAUAAAAUGUAGCCAGCGAUGUCUGAGGAGACACGAGUUUGUAAGCUUUGAGCUUCGUCCCACGGGCUUGCUCCUACCGUUUCUCCCUCCCUCGCAUAAAGGUUUGCAGCCUGCAGGCGCGCCUCCGCCGUGCCGGGGGCCACCUUCUUGUCCUCGCCACCGUCAUCCUCGAACGAUGCCUGCCGCUGCAUGAACACACACCACGACACACAUGGGAGGGCUUCACGCGUGUGGAUGAGAUUAGAGGGAGAGAUGCCACACACUCGACUUGUGGGUACCCUCUUCCCGUCGUGCCCCGCUAGGCUAUCGGCAGCACACCUUCUUCGGGACCAUGCCAGCUGCAUGCAGCGACAACAACCGCACGUCCACGUAAACGCGUCCAUCCAUCUACAAUGCAGCUUCUUACCGUGUGGCAGUGUGUGUGGGGUGCUGAUGGGGGGCGGUCCCAGCGCGCGGACCUGAUGGAACGAAUGGACAGCACACACACUCUCUGUUGUGUGUGGUGUGUGGUGGGUUUGUUGGCUUGGCUGUCUAUGGACGAGUCCAUUUACCUUGGCGACAUACGUGGCCUGGAUCUGGCGCAUGUUCUUGGUGUACUUCGCCUGGCUCUCGGCCAUCAUGAACGCUAUCAUUGACUGCUUGAUCUGACGACAGAGAAGAGGUGACGCAGACAGCUUCAGCGUGUACUCAUGCACCAUCCAUUUGCGCGCAUUCACGCAUCUUACCGCCAGCAUCUGCGCGAAUGGCGGGGCGAGUGGCGCGGGUGCCGGCCACGCACUCAACACCGGCACGGGCGCAAUCUACCGAACACCACACGCACAGGGAAGGAGGGAGGGAGGUUUGCGCAAGACAACACAGGGACACCGCACGCACUCGUGCGUACCUUGUUGGUGGGUGUCGUGAUCUUGGUCUGCUGCUCCUCGUCAACGGCAUCAGGAGGCGAUGGCGUCUCCUCUGUUUGCGCCUCACUACUCUGCAGACACACAGAAAGGAAUACAGAAACACAGAAACCGAUGAAAGUGACAGACACAGAGGUUCUCCCGUGGCCUGCCUUCCCUUCCUGCUCACCUCAACAGCGACGACAUUCGUUUGGGUCGAGGCGUGACCCUUGCCCAUGCCCUCGUCCCUCCCCAUCGCCUCACUCGCAGCCUUGAGGCACUCGUCCCUCAGCUUGUGCUGCUUGGCGUCGACUGGUAGCAAUCCCUGCACGCACACACGCAGACACGCAGACACACACAUGAAGGACGAUCACGAGAGAGCUUCAGUGGGUGUGCGGGCCUUCAGUGGAUGACGCACCUGAGUCGUGAGGAGAGAGGUAUAUAUAUCCCACUUGGCUGAUGAACAAGGACGGUUCUGACCGCUGGUUGCCUACGUUUAAAGACCUGGAACGCUGCACAACCAGCACACAUUUUCAGUGCAGACACGGGAUGGGUCGGUGUGUACGGUUGAUACCUGUUUGUGUGUAAGACUCUGCUCACGUUCACCUUAGAUCAGGGUCCCCGGCUGCCUGCAUACAAAACAGUGUCUCACCAUAUUCAUGUCUGCUCCAUCGUUGUGCAUACCAGGAUGAAAUCACCUCGGAGAUUUAAUAUAAGGCGCAAGACCAGGGAGACAUAAGAUGCCUCGGGAUAUGAAAUGUAGGAAGCGAUAUCUGAGACACCGAACACAUCUUUUACCGAUUCCGCGCUCCCAACUUUCCUACAUCAUCAUACCUGCCCCUCCCUCCUCUGCGUCUAGCCGCAGCACUUGGCUGCCGGGUGGCCUGCACACAUGCACAUAUAAACAACAGAAGUCAAUAGGACAAAAACGCUCGACACUUAUGUGUGUGGGGUACGCAUCUUACGUGGGGCAACGCCCACGGGAUCAACACGCGUCAGUGUGGUGAUGCGCCGGGAAACCAUCUGACCGAUGACACACAAAGCACGAACCACAGAAGGUCAGUGUGGCAUCGCCCGUUCGCCCACACGUGAGGAGCACUACUAGGUUUCUGUUUGCUCACCUUGGGCGGCAGGUAGUGUGACGUGAUGCUUGUCCGCAGCAGCUUGACGGCCUUCACACGCUGACAACACACAGCAGGAAGCACAGACAUGCUUUGCUGCACACGUGUGUGUGUGUGUGUGUGAGUGAGUGUGUGUGGGCACACUGAUGAUGUCCUUACCUGGCUAACGACAGGGAAACGCCAGUCAUACGGCACCUGCUGAACACGACAUACGCCAUAGAUGUUCGCAUGACAAGAGAAAAACACCGCAUGUACUUCUGCACCCAUGUACCUUUGUGCCUGGCGCCAAUGCCUCCCGUGCCGAUUGAGCAGGUACACCUGCUCCAGGCGGAGGUAAUGCUGGGUCUGCAGACAU